AUGAGCAGUGUGAUGACUCAAGAUUCAACCGACGUCUCGAAUGCUGUCAAACUGUUACGAGACACGACGAAAAACCGAGAGAUCGUCGACCGUUCGGGACUCCGAAUACGAUUCUCGGGUCUGCUGCCGAUCAGCGAGCCCGACGAGCAGGAUCGCGUGUGGGCCGCGAGCAUUGUGCUGAACAGUGAGGACUUAGAAUUUCCAAAAAUCUCAUACAAAUUGAGAGCAUCGACGAAAAAACGCUUUAAGGAGGCUAUGAAAUCGAAUCGACCGAUCGGUUUGAUAAAUCAAAAAGAAGUCAAAGUUAUCUCGUAUGAAAUAGUGGAAAAUGCAAUUCCAUUCACUACGCUAACGUUUUUAGUCGAUGGUAGCCCUUAUGAUGUGCCGCUUUUCAAGGAAGACAAGGCUGAUUAUUAUUGGAUCGGCAAAGAGACCAAAGUGCCUACCGCUUCUCAACUUUACGAGCAAAAACAAAGUCAGCAGAUCAGUGCCGAAAAGUCUCCGAAGCAUAUUUCGCCGGGAAGAUUUGAGAAUCUACCGGAGGGCCUCAAAAACUAUCUACUAGAAAAAGAUGGACUCAAAUCGAUUUGUCGAUUGUUGGCUCCAUUCACGAAGGAGGUAUUCAAAGAGCUCGCCGAAUGCGAGAAUCCGGAUUUGAAUAUUCUGAAUGGCGGCGAGGAAGUCGUCACCGACUUGAUUGCCGAUGAAAUUCUACGCAAAUUUGACGCCUCAGUUCGGCAGUCGUUCGGAUCGGCAUGA